AUGUCUCGAGGUAAGGACGUUUCGCCGAGCCUCCUCAACCUUCCGCCGUGUGAAUUGGAAAUCGUGAGCCGAUUUUACUGUCAUCGUCAUCAUCACAUCGAUGACAUCCGUCGCAACUCACGCCUUUACGUGCUCAAAGGCUGGGAACUCCAAGCUGUCAACGGAAGCCAGUAUUUUCAUUCGUCGUCUACCAAAGACAAAGUGAUCGCGUUCGGUAGCGUGGACGUGGCCAGCAGCGCUGACCAAUACAACAACGGCCCCGCCGCCAGAGUCGCCGCCGCCGCCGCUGCCGACGGAAUGUUUGAACAGUCAAACGCGGCUGCUAUAGCUGCUAGCAAUGCUGCUGCUGUAUCCAGUCUAGACUGUCUGUCACAAAUUGUAGAGAGCAUUGCGACGCAGAAGUCGGCCAGCCUCUGUGACACCGUCUACAGUAACAGUCAUUUGACGGACAUGGACUCGUCCGACUCACCGAACGCUGCCUCGUUGACCUGCCUCACUCCAACGUCUUCUCAUACUCCUUGCAGCUCCGUCAGCGGCACUGACUCAUGCCAAAAUUCACCUCUGUCGUCUCCCACUCAAAUCAAAGACGGCAAACGUCCAAACGACGACUUGUAA